UAGUUCAAGUUUUUAUUUAUUGACCCCUCUCUGACGUCAACAUGAAAAUAACGCCAUUUUUCUUCUUCUUCUUCUUCUUCUUCUUCUUCUUCUACCUCUUUUUUUCAUCAUCUAAAUCCCAGCGAGUCAACCAUUACGCUCGUCUUAUAAGCGACUCAAAAUUUCCUCUUUUCCUCCUCUUCCUCACGGUUUCAGCUUGCAAUGAAGAAUAAUUCCGCCGCCGACGGAGGACCCGCCGGCAACGGCAAGUUGUCGGCUCCCUCGGCGGUUCAUACGACGGCGGUUACGUGGAGGAUGGCGAGGACGUCCGUUGUGUUCGUUGGCGUUAUAUUGGGUCUCCUUGUUCUGUACAACUCAACCAUUAAUCCUUUCAAAUUUCUUCCUGUUUCCGACACCUACCGUGCUUUUCGAUUCUCUGCUCCUCACAAAGACCCUCUUUUGGAAAAAGUUCUGAAAGAAGCAGCAAUGGAAGAUGGAACAAUAAUCUUGACGACGUUGAAUGAUGCAUGGGCAGAGCCAGAUUCACUCCUCGAUCUGUUUCUUAAAAGCUUCCACAUCGGAAACGGAACCCAAAGAUUACUGAAGCAUUUAGUGAUAGUCACGUUGGAUGAAAAGGCGUAUUCUCGUUGCGUGGCGUUGCAUCCUCAUUGCUAUGAACUGAAUACUCAAGGGACCAACUUCUCCAGCGAAGCCUAUUUCAUGACCCCUGAUUACUUGAAAAUGAUGUGGCGAAGAAUUGAAUUUCUCACCUCUGUUCUCCAAAUGGGCUACAGCUUCGUCUUUACGGAUUCUGAUAUCAUGUGGCUGCAAGAUCCAUUCAAUCACUUCUACCCAGACGCAGAUUUUCAAAUUGCUUGCGAUUUUUUUAUGGGGAACUCGGAAGAUCUAAAUAACAAUCCCAAUGGAGGGUUUGUGUACGUGAAAGCGAAUCCAAAAACGGUGAAAUUCUAUAAGUUUUGGUACGAAUCGAGGACAAUAUAUCCAGGGAAGCACGACCAAGAUGUGCUGAACAAGAUCAAACACAGUCCAUUGAUCUCUAAAAUUGGGCUGAAAUUAAGGUUCUUAGACACUGCGAAUUUCGGGGGGUUCUGUCAGAUGGGGAGGGACAUGAACAAAAUGGCCACAGUGCAUGCCAAUUGCUGCGUUGGACUAGAGAACAAAGUGCACGAUCUAAGAAUUUUGCUACAAGAUUGGAGUAACUUUUUUAACCCAACAACUGCGGAUAACAAAUUAGCUUCAUCCACCCCUUCAUGGACUGUUCCUCAAGAUUGCAGAACUUCAUUUCAAAGAGGGAGGCAACGCAAGGACAAUAAGAACACUGGCGACAGAAGGUUAUUAUAGGAAUCCUAAAUUGGUAUGACGAUUUGAUUUGAAUAGAGGAAAAAAUUAAGAUAUUAGUUGCAAUCGUUCCUAUUUUCGAAGAAGUGGUGAAUAAUGUUAGCUUCGAAUGAAAUGGUUGUAUUCCCUAUCCGAUCUUUUAGUACACGAUUUUUCUGUACAUUGUUAAAAGGCCCCAAGAAAGAAAUGCUGUCUUUUCUUCUUUCCCUUUUAAUGUUUAACUCUUAGCAGCAAAUUAAUUACUUUUAGUUGGUUUCA